CUAGAUCUAUUCUGUACCUUGUCUGUGGUACUAUGAUUUAUUAUUUUACGAAUAUAUCAUUCCGAAUUGAAUUGAUUGCCCACAUGCAUUUGUUGUCACCGGUAUCUAAUGGGUGUAUGACAUACAAUCAUUUGCCUUAUGACAAACAGUCUUCACGCCUUAAAAUUAGUAUCUUUGGAUUCUACGGAUCAAUUGCAAAUAUAUAAGGGAAAAUUAACACAGAAUUAACUGCUGAAGUCUUUGAACUUGAACAGAUCAUAUAUUCUUUUUUUCUUUUGAUUGUUAAAUUAAAAAAACUACUUAUGUUCCAAAAAAUUUAAAAUAUUUUCCAAAGUAUUGAUGACGCAUUUAAACCAAAAAAUGACAAAAUAAUGAAGAAUAUACUUUUAAUCGUCAGUACAUUUACAAUUAUUUCCUUUAAUUUUCUAUUUUAUUAAUUAUAGAAAGACAAAUAUAUAAUACCAUUAUGGCUGGACGUGGUAGGGGAAGAGGUAAACCUUCCAUGUCAAUCAGCACAGAACAGUUAGGCUUUGCUAAAGGUGAAACAUUACCACCACCAGUCUUACAGCCUCCAUUAAAAUAUCCUCUUUUGGAAUAUAAACCGUUGCCCUUGAAUAUUACUACAGAAUUGAGUUAUUUGUUUGAAUUAAAGAAAGGAUAUGCAGAAUAUAUGAGAGAAUCUCCUAACAAUGUCUUGCCUGUUGUAGUUAAAAAAGAUAUUGAGAGGUAUUCAGAUCGGUACCAAGAUCUAAUUACUGAUAAAAGUAGUUAUGAGAUUAGAUACGAUUGGAAUAAAAUGCCUGUAGAAUUAAAGCCUCAAUUGCGAAAGCGUAAAGAACAAACAUUGGAGAGUCCAAAGAAAAAGCAAAAGAAUAUUGAUGUAGAAUUAAAAUUACAAGAAUUAGAAAAAAAGGAGAAUUCUCAACAAAGUGAUGUAGAAGAAGAGGAAAAAGAGGAGGAAGAAACAGAAGAGAAGGAUGAUGAACAAGUAGAGGAAGAGGAAGAAGAAUUAGAUGAGGAAAUGGAUGAGGGGACUGAUUAUGCGAAUAAUUAUUUCGAUAAUGGAGAAGGUUAUGAUGAUGAAGAUGACAAUUUAGACGACGGACCUAUUUAUUAGGAUUAGAAUUAUUUUUUAUAUUUAUAUUUUAUAUCCACAUAUAUAUAUAUAUAUAUUCAUAUAUA